CUGAGUGUCAGUCGCGUGGAGAGUGUUGAUUGUUAAACGGUGUAUACAUACACUCACGAUAUCGCAUAACUCAUACGGCCUCAUACGUGUACACUAUGCACUAUAUGGUCUAUUAAAUUUUCUCACAUCUGUCGCUUUUCAUCACGUGCUUGUUAAUUCUGCCUUGUGUCAUGUGAUCUUUCUCCAAAAUGAUUUUGCAUAGAUACGCGCGCACACAUAUGCAUAUGUAUAUAUAUAUGUCGAGGCGUUUCAGCCCUGAUUUAGUUGUGUCCAUGAAGAGAUACGGAUCGAAUCGUUUGAUAUAUGUCUACAGGCAUUGAAUAUCUCGAUUUCGUAGUCAAUGCUUUGACGCUUCGGACUUCUGCUUACUACUUUUGCAUUCGAUUGCUUGCGCGCGUAAAAGCGUCCUCCACCUACUAUUCGGAGUUACUGCAGUAUCUUUUUUACGAGCAGUAUCUUUAAUACUAGAUCUAUAAGUCUGUUUGUACGUUUAAUAAAAUACACGCGAGUUCUUUGUGAAACAGCGAAUGGAAUUUGAAACAAAAAUACGAUUAUACAGUUUGCCAAAUGCAAGAGGAUGUGUCCUAAAAUUUUACAUUUAUUCUAUAUAUUUUUUAUAUUUAAUGUCUUUAUAGACAUAUAAUUAUUACACAUAUUACACAACAUAUAUUUAUUACACAUAUUUAUAUACACGCAUAUAUACCUAUGACGCAUAAUGUUCAAUUCAAAGUGUGUAUAUGUGCGAAAGCUCGAGAUAAUUCUUACGUGUUACAUUUGCUGAUGCAACGUGAAAGCGAUUGAUGGCGGCUGAUGAGAUGUCAAAAAUAUAAUUUUAAAUUAAUCGUUUAAAUUUUUCAACCUCAAAAGAGCCGCGAUAAGUAAUGACUGCCGAACCGUCUAUUCGCUCGACAGAAGCGUUCACGAUGUUCGAUUUCGACGAGAUAAACAUCUUUGACGAUAGCAUAGAUGAGAUGGAUAUUAUUAGGAAUACGAUUAAUAUCAAAAAGCCGGAGGACGCUUUCUACAUCGCCGAUAUGGGUGGCGUUAUUCAGAGACAUUUGGAGUGGAUCAGCAAAAUGCCGAAAGUCACUCCGCAUUACGCGAUCAAAUGCAACUCGGAUCCGACGGUGAUCAAAGUUCUGGCGGCCAUGAAUGUUUGUUUCGAUUGUGCGUCUAUGCAAGAGAUAAGACAAGUAAUGCAGUACGGAGUGAAAGGCUCGCGGAUUAUCUUCGCACACCCGACCAAAUUACCGUCUCACAUCAAGUACUCGAACAAAGUGGGUGUCGAAAAGAUGACGGUCGACAGUGAGACGGAGCUGUUGAAGAUCCAAGAGAUCUUUCCCGAAGCCAAGGUCGUGAUACGCAUACGCUGCGACGCCAAGAACUCGCCGGUGUCGUUAGGCACAAAGUUCGGUUGCGAGCCGCACGAGGAGGCAGUGCGCUUAAUACAGCGCACCAGGAGCCUCGGCCUGAACCUGCACGGCUUCAGCUUCCACGUCGGCACGCCGUGCAGGGAGCUGGACGCCUACCGUCGCGGAAUCAAGAUGUGCGCGCGUCUGAUCGACGUCGCGAGGGCGACCGGCUGCCGCGACGUGCGACUAAUCGACAUCGGCGGCGGAUUUUCGGGCAAGUGUGGCGCCGAGAUCGACAGGCUCGCGGAGAUCAUUAACGACGCGAUUCAAGACCUUGAUCCCUCCAUAAGGGUCAUUAGCGAGCCCGGACGGUAUUAUGUGGGUGCGAACUUCACGCUGGCUUCGUAUCUGCACUCGAAACGGAUCACUCGCGAAAACGGCGAGCUGAAGAGGAUGUAUUACAUGAACUGUGGCGUGUACAAUUCAUUUCUGGAUGAACUGUUGGGUCUGCAGUGCCGAACGCCGCGGUUGCUCUUCGAGCCGACGAACAAUGAGAAAUUCUCCUCGAUCUUAUGGGGACCGACCGCGGACUCGUACGAUUUGAUUGUCAAGGACGUGUCGUUGCCCGAACUUUACGUGGGUGACUGGUUAGUUUGGAAAGAUAUGGGUGCUUACACGUUAUCUCUUUCCAAUAAGUUCAAUGGCUUCCCGAUUCCAGCCGUAAUACCGUUCGCCAGAAGAAGCCAAUGGGACAGUUUUUUGAAGCACAUCGGCCUGAAGUGAAAGCGCGUUCUACCUCGAAAGGCAGCGCAUUGAACGGUAUCACACUUCAUCGGAAACGACGCACACCGGAAACUGCCGACAAAAUUCGAGGAUCACGACAAACGUCGACAGCGUUUUGACGGAAUUUCGAUAAUUGAUUUUCGCAUCCUUUUAAUUCAUAGGACGACUUGCCUAGAUUACAUAAUUAGAUUCUGAGUUUGUAAGUUAUUGUAAUUUUUAUUUGUAAUUUCUUUUAACCGUAAUCAUCAUUUGUUAUUAUUUUGUUCUUGCUCUGUCAUUUCACGCGAAACAAACUGUGGUAACGAAGUAUGUAAAAUAAAACGAAAAUACUAAUGAGAUCACCCUAA